AUGGGGUGUCUACAGAUGUCAAGCUUUGGCUUCCAGGAUAAGUGGAUUAGGUGGAUGAAGGCGUGUAUACAAUCAGUUAAAGUUUCAGUUCUUGUUAAUGGUUCCUCGACUAAUGAAUUCUGCCCAGAAAAAGGACUCAGACAAGGGGAUCCGUUGUCUCCUUUUCUUUUUAAUAUAGUGGCUGAGGGUUUGAAUAUAUUAUUUCAAAGAGCUAAAGCAUUGGAGUUAAUCAAAGGUGUUGUGAUUGGCCUAAGGAAGGUUAAUGUCACCCAUUUGCAAUUUGCAAAUGACACAAUUGUGUUCUGUGAGGCGGAAGAGAAUGACAUUUUGAAUGUUAAGAGAAUCUUGAGGUGUUUUGAAGUGCUUUCUAGAUUGAAGAUUAAUUUUCAUAAGAGUUUAGUUUGUGGAGUAGGUGUACAGGAGGCUGAGGUAAAUGUUUUCGCCGGAAGAUUGAAUUGUAUGAUCCAGAAGUUACCUUUCAUGUAUCUGGGUUUACCACUGGAGGCCAGCCCGAGGAGGAAAAGCACAUGGUUGCCGGCCAGGUUUUUGUGGGGAGGUUCAAAACUCAAAAAAAAGAUCCAUCUGGUAAAAUUGGAGGAGGUUACCAAAACAAAGCACUUGGGAGGUUUGGGGAUUAAGAAAUUGAAGGAAGUUAAUGAUUGUUUACUAGCCAAAUGGUGGUGGAGAUAUGGUAGUGAGGACCGUGUGUUGUGGAAAGACAUUUUGAUUAGUAAAUAUGGCAACUCUGGAGGAAGGUGGAGACCAAAUUCUCGUAGCAGUGCCCAGUGUUCAAGAGUCCGGAGUGAUAUUCUCAGGUUGGAACACAACAAUUCUAACCUAUUUUGCUUCUUUAUGGAUAAUUUUGUCAUUCAAGUAGGGAAUGGUAAGAGGGUUAGAUUUUGGGAGGAUAGUUGGGCUACCUACAAAUGCUUGAAGGAGGAUUUUCCUAGAUUUGAGUUGUCAGUAGAAAAAGAGGUCACUAUUAAACAGAUGAUAGAUAAAAGAAAUGGCUUAUCUGAAUGGAAGCUGAGUUUUAGAAGGAAUCUGAAAGUUAGGCAGGAGGUUGAGAUGGAAAGACUACAGUCCCUUUUGCUUUCAUAUGACCCAUCUUUAUCAGAAAAAGCUGAUUCAUUGGCUUGGCAGGCGUCAUCUUCAGCUCUGAGGUGGAAUCAGGGUGUCAUGUUCUGGUGCAGUGCCCUUUUGUUUGGAGGAUCUGGACAAAUUUGCUGA